AUGCGCCGCGCGCUGCUGCUCGCGCUCGCCGCGGCGUGCGCGACCCAUGGCCUCGAGCGGCCGCGGCGGCGGCGCGCGCUGGCGCCGCGGGGCGGCGCGGCCGCCGCGCACGCGGUCGCGAAGGACUUCAACUGGGACGGCGAGCGGACGUGGGUCGACCGGACGAUCGCGUUUCUCGAGGCGCCGAUGACGGAGCUCGCCAUCGGCACGAUGGCCGUCGGCUUGACCUUCGUGGAGAUCGGCCGCGAGAUCAACCGGCUCGGGUCCGUGCGCGAGGCGAACUGGGCGCUGCUCUUCCUCGCGAUGGCGCGGCUCCUGAAGUCGCUGCUCGCGGUGCUCCGCUCCACGCGCAUGGCGCUCCGCGGCUACAAGUCCUACCGGGUCGUGCGCCGCGGGGACAACGUCUACCUCAAGCACCUCCCCCCGCCCGACGACCCGCAGCACACGGACGAUAAAACCUAG